AGAUGUCUUCAAGAGGGAUGAACUGGGUCUGGAGAUAGCAGCUAUUGCAUUCCCGGCAGCGCUGGCUUUAACAGCAGACCCUAUAGCUUCUCUAAUCGACACAGCUUUCAUUGGCCAUAUAGGUCCCGUGGAGCUUGCUGCUGUGGGAGUUGCUAUUGCUAUUUUUAAUCAAGCAUCGAAGAUUGCGAUCUUCCCACUUGUUAGUGUUACACCUUCUUUUGUUGCUGAGGAAGAUGCAGUUGGAAGUUUGAUUCAUAAAGAGAAUGAUAUUGAAAUACCUGAAAGGAGUUUUCCGGGAGAUGGUGAAAAGGAAGAGUUGAUACCAAGAGUUGCAGAUACAUACAAGUCUCCAACCAGUACUAAUCAGAGAAGGCAUAUUCCUUCCGCUUCAUCAGCUUUGGUUAUUGGAGCUGUUCUUGGCCUUUUCCAAGCUUUAUUUCUAAUUGUUUCUGCAAAACCAAUAUUGGAGUACAUGGGCAUCAAAUCUGAUUCUCCAAUGCUAAAUCCAGCAAGACAAUACUUGACAUUGAGGUCGCUCGGUGCUCCUGCCGUUCUUCUCUCUUUGGCCAUGCAAGGGGUCUUUCGAGUAUUUAAGGAUACAAAAGCUCCUUUAUAUGCAACCUUGCUAGGAGAUGGAGCAAACAUCAUUUUGGAUCCAAUAUUUAUCUUCGUAUUCCGUAUGGGUGUUAGUGGUGCAGCUAUUGCGCAUGUUAUUUCCCAGUACUUAAUCUCCCUCGUACUCUUGUGGAGAUUAAUGGGACAAGUUGAUCUCUUACCCCCAAGUAUCAAAGAUCUACAAUUUAGUCGGUUUCUUAAAAAUGGGUUUCUGUUAUUGAUGAGGGUAAUAGCUGCAACAUUCUGUGUGACUCUGGCAGCUUCCAUGGCUGCAAGGCUGGGAUCAACAUCCAUGGCUGCAUUUCAGAUUUGCUUGCAGGUUUGGCUGGCAGCCUCUUUGCUUGCCGACGGGUUAGCUGUUGCUGGACAAGCUAUUCUUGCAAGUGCAUUUGCAAGAAAGGAUCUUGACAAGGCCACAGCAACUGCAUCUCGUGUGUUGCAGUUGGGUUUGGCUUUGGGCCUAGUUCUUUCUGUCGUUGUUGCUGUUAUAUUACAAUUUGGAUCAAGAUUAUUUACUGAUGACCCCGAUGUUCUGCAAAUGUUAAGAUUAGGCAUCCCGUUUGUUGCAGGGACCCAAUCCAUUAAUGCUUUGGCAUUUGUUUUUGAUGGAGUCAACUUUGGAGCAUCUGAUUUUGUUUAUUCUGCCUACUCCAUGGUUUUGGUCUCAGUUGUGAGCACACUUUGCUUGUUUUUACUAUCUGCAAGUUUUGGUUUUGUUGGUAUAUGGAUCGCUUUAUCCAUCUUCAUGAGUUUGCGUGCAUUUGCUGGCUUUUGGAGGAUAGGGACUGGAACAGGUCCUUGGAGCUUUCUCAGAUUAUGAUUGCUGCCUACAAAUUUUGGAGCUUCAAGAGAUCGGAACGAGGGAUUUGCUUUGGAAGAUGGAUAAAGGAUGGUGAUUUGGGGAGUCUUUUCUUUUUUUAUCCCAUUUGGCGAGUCAAUACUGAGUAAAUCACCAUCAGUGUUUUUGGGAAGAGCUAAAUCAAGGGCAUGAUUUUGGAAUAUAUAUAUAUAUAUAUAUAAGCCAUCUUGUUUCAAAGUUACAGAACCCUUGUUGUUGCAUAGGGAAGAUGACAAUAUAAACAUUCUUUAUACUUGAAUUCAGAUAUAUCAUUCUGUACUCCAUUAGAUUGUUCUAGUUUUAUAAAGUACUUUAUUUAUUUUUUCCU